AUGCAUGGAAAAAUUUGUGAUGAUUUUCUAGAAGCUCUAUGGUGUAAAACUAUGGGCCCUCAAAUGCGAGUGAACUAUGUUUUAUUGUCUUAUUCCCGGGAUCCCUCUUUAAAAAUACGAAACUACCCUAAAGUUUUACGACAAUAUAAGCAUCAUAUAUUAAAACUUUUCACCAAUUCGGAAGGUACAUAUAUCACUUCUCUAUACCUCGGUCUGUGUAUAGAGGGAAGCGAAAACUCUGUCUCCAGAUUUUCUCCAGCUACGAUUGCUGAUCUACCAGGUUGGCAUUUUGCAUCACGAUUAAAUCACUCACUCAGUCGUACAAGUUACAGUGCAAUCUAA